AUGGAAGGAAAUAUCUCACAAGUUGUUAUUCUAGUCUUUGAUGGUGAAAGCUAUGAUCUAUGGAUCGUAAGAAUGCACAUUUAUCUAGACGGGUUAGAUAUAUGGGAACUCAUGGAGGAAUAUGAUGUGCCUUUGCCUGAAAAUCUCACCAUGGCUCAAAUCAAAAUGCAAAAGGAAAAAAAGACGAGAAAGGCAAAAGCAAAGUCAUGCUUGUUUGUAGGUGUUUCACAAAUGAUCCUUAACAGGAUCAUGACCUUAAAGUCUGCCAAAGAAAUUUUGCAUUAUAUGAAAGGAGAAUAUGAAGGGAACGAGAAGAUUCAUGGCAUGAAAGUUUUAAACUUGAUAAGGAUGAAAGAGUCUGAGACGAUCAAGGAAUACUCAAACAAAUUGUUGGGUAUUGCCAAUAAGAUAAAAUUGUUGGGAAAGAAAUUUUCAGAUUCUAGACUUGUUGAGAAAAUUCUAGUGAUAAUGUGUCGGAAAGAUAUGAAGCAUAUAUUGCUUACUUAG